CUUCUUUUCAAAUCAUAGUGAUACAAGUUCACUGUACAGUUCAGCUUUCCUAUCAGUACAGGACAUAAUAUCUGAAAACAGAAAUGCAGGCAAUAGUUCAUUCUGAAAAUGCAGUGGUAAAGGUCAAGAGCAAGGGGCAUUUGCAUUUAUGUCUAUAGAUCUUAUUUAUAUCAAUAGCCAUGAACAACAGACCCCAGGUCAGAUGAUUCUGCCUUUCCUCUGGGAAAUAAAGUUUUCUGAUUCUGAUUCUUACACACUAUAGCAGAGUCUGUAAUCAUUGCAGCAACAGGUAGCACGUUUCAACGACCACUCAGACAGACAAACAAAAACAACGGAUAUCCUGAGAAGUGUGUUCGUUAUUACAGGAAAUCAGUCUGAGAAAAAGACUUUAACUAUAGAUACCUGCUGCUCCCUGCUGCAAUGUUUGCAUUUAGCCACAAGGGGGCACAAUAGGACCACAAUGCAAGAUAAAAAAAAAAAAUGUCUGCUUUGGACCUGAAUAAAAUCAUAGUGGGUAGGGGGCUGGGGGCGGGGUUAAUGUUCAUGCAUACAGGCACUCAGGAGACAGAGCCUCAGUUGAUCCCAUUGAUACUCAGGAAAAUGGUAAGAUCCCUCUGCGGCAAGUCCUACUAUGGUCCUGUUGAUACCCGACGCGCGGAACAGUGACAGUGACAAUGACUUCAGCACAGUGGUCGGUGGAGAAUGGCUCCAAAGACAGUGCGGACUGCGUUCCAGCGGCCGAUGGAUCCUGCCUGUGCACAUCUUCGGCCACACGCCUGCUCCUGCCCACGCUGUAUACUUUCAUGCUCCUGACGGGGCUGACGGGUAACGCCUUGUCCCUCUGGAUCUUCACCAAGAAGAUCAACACCAAGAGCUCCACGCACAUCUACCUGAUCAGCCUGGGUGUGUCCAACCUGCUGCUCUGCCUCACCAUGCCCUUCCAGGCUGCCUACUUUGCGGCGGGCCCCAGCUGGCACAUCAGUGACCCGACCUGCAGGCUGGCCAUAGGCCUGGUGACGCCAGUGCUGCACAUCAACAUCUACGUGGGCAUGUUCACGCUGACCUGGAUCGCCCUGAGCCGCUGCGCUUUGCUGCUGCAGCACGACCACGGCGGCCGGCCCAGCACCUUCACCAGGGUCUUACCGGCGUCGUUCUUCCGCAGGCUACGGCAGGCGAGCUUCGCCAAGGCCUCCUGCGUGGUCACGUGGGCCGUUGUGAUUGUGGCCGUGCUCCCCGUGGUCAUAUACUACUCUGUCCAGGAGGCCACAGGUCUGGACAGGGGACAGGUCUGCUACAGCCUGCCCGUGGAGGUGGGCGGGCAUGGCUCCCGCGGCACAUCUGUCGUGGCCUUAGUCUUCUUUUACGUAUGCUUCCUGUUGGUGCUGGCCUCCUACGGUGCCGGGUCCCGGCACGUCAUCAGGUCCCGAAGGAACACGGCCAUCUUGGAGAAGCACCAGGUCUACGCCAGAUUCCAGCGCAACAUCGUCCUGAUCCAGUUCGUGCUCACGGUCUGUCUGCUGCCGCACCACAUAUUCAAGGCCGUGUUCAUCAACCAGGUCCAGCAAGCAGCCCAGCUGGUGACCGACGGCUGCCACUCGCUCUCCCGGCUGGUGGAGGUGAAGAACCUCCUCACCUGCCUGGCAGUCCUGAGGUGCAGCACCGACCCCAUCAUCUACUUCCUGUUGGACAAGACCUUCCGCAAGAAGGCCAUGGGCAUGUUAAACACCAGCGUCACCUCGGAGGUCCCCCCGCCAGCCACCCAGUCUUUUCCAUCUGUCGCCCAAAACAGAAGCUGUGGACAGGAUAAUCAGUGCCUUCAAGCCAUGACUCAACAAAGUCCGGUGGUCUAAAAAAUCUCAGUGUCAUGAGAAGCGGAACGAACACAACACAUUGGGACUAAUAUGAGACCCGGGAAAUUACAGGGGACCUUGGAACUAUCAAGGGACCUUAGAACUAUCAAGGAACCUUAGAACUAUCAAGGGACCUUGGAACUAAGGUUUAAACUACUUUGCCUAUUUCAUCCCACAUUUUUUAUUCAUAAUUCUGAAUGUGCUCCUUGCAACUGUAAGACCAUGUAGCUCUUCAUAUUUAAUGUAGGAGGACAAAAAAUCUCACUCAUGGAGACCUGUUCAACAAGCAGCAUUCUGCAUUAGCUUGCAUUUGUUGAUGUGCGGAAAUGAACGCUUCCUUAUUUUCAGGGAAGAACCACGACAUCUCCGUGGCAACACACAGUUCUCCUUUCGAGGAUGUGAGCUGGCCCACUCUUCUCACCUCUUCCAGCUGCCUGUUCUAGAAGCUCAUUUCAGGUCCUUGUUGCAUGGCACACAAACUCCUCAGGUGUUCCGUCACAAAUCUGGACGCAAAUGAGUUCCUCAUGGUCUUUCAGGAAAAACAUUAUACCCAUAAAACAUAAAACCACAUAAACUCCAGUUUCCAACUGCGGUUCAGCAGCUGAGCAUCGUGUUCAGGGGUGUAAUGAACAAACCAGUAGAUGCGUCUUACACAUGCAUCUAAAUUUACAGAUAUGUUGAGGUGGACCACAAGAGUGCAUUGUAUUCGAGGACAGCACAGGAGAGGGUGAUUGUAUUUAAUUGUACCAAAAUAUACUUAAUUUGUUGUAAGACUCAAGCUAAAUAUUAAUAAAGCAAUGUGUAAAUCAUUUUUAGCCACCCUUCUGCACAUGUUGCACUGUUAGCUCUGACAGGUUGGUGGCCACUGUAAUCCCAGUAAUCCCAUAGCCUGACCAAGAGCUCCAGCAGACCAGGUAUGGUGUCGUGCUGCACACCUGCUCAGGGCUGCACCUUUAAGGAAACGUCACCCGGUGGCACCGUCUAAGGCGGCAGCUCGAAUUAAUCGCCGCAAUAAAAUCAGAUCUGUCCUGUGUGCAUGGCAGAUUAGAUUCAAGUGCAGAUAUACAGAUAUGCAGAAGUGGUUGAAGAUGCGAGGAUGCAACCUCUGGCCCCGUCAGCCUUCCUGCA